UCUAGAUCUAGAUCUAUGUAAUCCAGGUGGAAAAUGAUUUCAACGUAGCAUUAGACCCUGGAAUAGAUCUAUAUAGAUCCAAUCUAGAAUAUAAUCUAGAUCUGGAGUUAAGAUCUAGAAUAUAGAUCUAUAUAAAGCUAGCCUUCUGUAAAAAAAAAAUGGCUAUUAGACGAAAUAUAAAUCAAAAUACUGCACUUCUUGCUAAAAAAAUUGUCCCAGCACAGACAGAGAAUGAGAAUGCAGUAUCCUCCAGUGAUGAGCCAUGGUCACCAACACCAGGAACAACUUUCAAACUUCUCAUGUCUGCCAGGCUGUGUGCAGCUUUAUGGAGUGUUGUCUCUGACUGUGACGAAACAUACAAUUAUUGGGAGCCUGCACAUUUCCUGAAUUACGGAAAAGGCUUCCAGACGUGGGAGUACUCUCCAGCAUAUGCUAUACGCUCGUAUGCUUACAUCCUUCUUCAUGUUCUGCCCAUGAAGCUAUGUGCACUUUUACUUGGAGAAAAUACUAUUCUUGUUUUUUACAUGACCAGAUGUCUGCUAGGAGUACUUUGUGCAUUAUCAGAGAUGAUUUUUUACCGAGGAGUGUGUGAAAGGUUUGGUUCAAACAUUGGGCGCUUGACUUUGAUUCUUCUUCUCUUUUCGGCUGGCAUGUUUACCUCAUCAGCUGCUUUCUUACCCAGCAGCUUCUCAAUGUAUUUGACCAUGGUGGCAUUUGGGUGUUGGUUUAGUGGAAAGCCACAUAUGAGCAUUAUAUCUAUAGCUGCCAGUGCCAUUAUUGGUUGGCCCUUUGCUGCUGCUCUGGGGAUUCCCAUAGCUGUUGAUGUUCUGAUUGUCAAGAAACAGUUUGUUUAUUUUGUGAAGUGGAGCACUAUAUCUCUGAUUCUGUUUCUUGUGCCAUCUGUGUUAAUAGAUAUGCACUAUUAUGGCAAAAUUGUUAUUGCACCCUUGAAUAUAGUGCUCUACAACGUGAUCAGUGGACAUGGCCCUGAACUUUAUGGCGUAGAACCUUUGUCUUACUACAUCAUCAAUGGAUUCCUGAAUUUUAAUUUUGCAUACCUGCUGGCACUUGGAUCAUUACCUUUCUUGCUGUUAACUUCAUGGUUUUUGAAAUCCAAAACUUCCUCUGUCCUACAGUUGGUGAUGUCUUUAAGUCCUUUGUACAUUUGGAUUCUAAUUUUCUUCACCAGGCCACACAAAGAGGAGAGAUUUUUGUUUCCUAUUUAUCCAUUUAUUGCAUUGGCUGCAGCAACGGUGUUGGAUUCACUUCAGAGAUUGCUGGACUUGUUGCAACAGGGUCAGAAGAAAGCAACUCACUAUACAGAGCACACAAACUGGGUGACUGCUGGAUUCUCUUUAAUAUUUGCUGCGCUAUGUUUUUCUAGAAUCAUAGCAGUUUACCAAGGUUAUCACGCCCCAUUGGAUAUCUAUGUUGAACUGCAUAGAGUGGCUGCUGAUCCCAAGAUCCACACUCUAGCCCCAGACAAGCCAGCUAAUGUUUGUGUUGGUAAGGAGUGGUACAGGUUUCCAAGCUCAUUUUUCCUGCCUAAUCGCAAUUGGCAUUUGCAAUUUUUAAAGUCUGAAUUUCAAGGGCUGUUACCCAAGCCUUAUGAAUCAGGAUCAGAUGCAACAAGACUUAUUCCCUCCCACAUGAAUGAUAUGAAUAGAGAAGAACCAUCUCGAUAUGUUGAUGUGAAGCGUUGCCAUUAUCUAAUAGACAGAGACACUGAAGACUGGACAGCUUUAGAACCACGUUACAGUGCAAGCAAAGACUGGACUGUGGUCAAGCAAGUACCAUUCCUAGAUGCCAGCAGGUCACAUCGUGUGUUUCGAGCUUUCUUCAUUCCAUUCCUCUCCACAGACCAUUGUACAUUCACUUCCUACAGUCUCCUGAAGACAACCAGAAGUAAAAAACAUUCCAAGCAGAGAUCCUGAGAUUUGACUGACAGUUGACUGAAUGGUUUGGGGGUCUCCUGGCGAGCAAAUUAACUUUGUAAAAUUAUUGCAUCACAGCCUGUGUUUUAUUGUUUUUCUUUUGUCAGAAGUUGCCACUGUACCUGAACUGGAGUUAAGAAAGUUGAAGCUCAGAAUGUAUUUUAAGUUGCAAUCCUAACCAACCAUGACAUAUAUAAAUUCCCAACUAGUCAUUAUGUCAUAUUCAAGGCAAUUCAGCUGCCAAACAUAAAUCAUUCAGUUCACACAGGUCAUUUAUUCUUUAUCUUAUGUGUAACCUUUGACUUAUGUCUUACAUCGUUUUUGGACAAUUAAACAGUUUGCUUGUUCCAGAUGACCCCUAAGACAUGUUCUGAAUUGUUUAAUGUAGCGAAAUGAUAGGAUGCUGAUGUUUCUACCUGCUAAUUAGUCCUUUAGGUUGUGGUUUAUGUGGAUAGUAGAUUUGUAGUUAAAUUCUAUUUGAGUUUGAAUGUUUGUGCAUAAAUGGGUUACUAGUAUUUAAAGGUUUUGAAAGGUUCUUGUCAUUUAUAAAUCAUGAUAUUGAGUUCACAUUUCUUGACCAAAUGAUGUGUUGGCCACUAGUGUGUAUUCACUUGACUGUUAGCCUACUUGUUCAAGGAGAGUUAAUACAAUUGGGUGUGAGCUGAAUGCUAAAGAAUAUUUUAAAUUUAAUCAUUCCUUUAAGAGUAAGAUUAUACAUUUAUACUAAGUAUUUAUUCAUAUGAUCUUUUUUUGUGUGUGUGUUAAAAAACAUGCUACGCUGUAGUUAGCUGAUUUUGCUAAUGAAGGAUGAAUUUUUUUUGUCUUGAAUUUUGAGUUUCUAGUUGGAUCUUACUUUUGUAGUCAAUAUUAGUGCCUUGUUUUCUUCUUUAAUGAUAGCCACAUUAAUAAAGUUUUGAUUCUUCUAUCCCAGUGUUGCCCAACCUGAUUUGACCUGAGGGCCAUUUUAAUUUCCGACACUCGUGUCGCGGGCCACAUGAUGAAAAAUGUACAAAAAGGAAAUGACAUUGCCCUGAAACACUUUUAUUAGAAACUUGUGGAUCUAGUAUUUACAUUAAUUAAUAGAAAACUGGCUUCAUUUGUCUACUUAAAAUGUGAGAAAUAUUGUAGCUAGCUUUAACAACGGCUCAUUUUCUUGUCUCUUUUUGGUAAAUAUUCCCAUCGAUCCUCCAAUCUCUAGACAUAGUUUAACAAUCGCGACUCAAACCAAGAAUGCCGUCAUAUUUGUUUUAUAGUGCUUAUAUCCAAUUGUAGUUUCUUUGGCUCUCCCAUUUCAUAAAUGUACAUGUCACGAUACUAGUCUAUCACAGAAAAAAGUGAGGGCCCUAACAUAGGUAAAGAUACAUUUCUCAACCUUUUUUUUUUCGGAUGUGAUGGGGGAUAUUUUGCAAUUUGUACCAACGUUUAGCGGGCCGGAUGAAACCAUGUCGCGGGCCAGAUAUGGCCAGUGGGCCGUAUUUUGGGCAUCACUGUUCUAUCCUAUUGCCUUAUAAGAGAUGGUUGGGGGAGACCUUCAUUUUAUGGACUAGACAUGGAUCCCUGGGUCAGGGAGGGAAAAGCAAACCAAGGUCUAGGCCAUCAUUUUUCAUGUUGAUUGAUAUCACACACACAAUCUUAGAAUAAUCUUGCUCCUAAAGGACAGAUGCAGUAGAGCUAAAUCAAUGGGUUCUUUGGUGAACAGUUUAAAAAAAAAGCAAUACAUGUUUCAAUAUUUAAUCUUCCAUGUGUUUAUGCAUGUCUGUAAUUGUUUGUUUCAAAUAAAAUGUGGUAGCCCAUGGAAGUAGUUCAUGUUACAUUUAGUUGAAUAGUUCAAGUUGGAUGUUAUAUCUGGUUAUGAGCAGCAAAGUUUUGGUAAAUGUCUGCAGUACUGACUGCAUCAUUGAUGUAUUCUGAUUGGAAUUUAGAAUGUUAUGUUUUUUGCAAUGUUAUGUUGUGUGCCAUGUUAUGUUAUGUAAACAUUCUAGCUGUCGUACUAGAAUUGGCAAGUAUUAUUUUCUUGGUUAUGAUUGGAAUAUUGUUUUUUUAUGUUAUUAUUUCCCAUUAACUUCAGUAGUCUUCCAUGUCUAUAACUGGCUCAGAAAGUCCUUAGUUUUACUGUAUUGUUGGUCAACUAUCCUGUGACAUUGAAACCAGGAGACUAAAAUAAAUGUUAUGAUGUUCUAAAAA